ACUGGGAGCCGUCAUGACAGUGUUCAGUCACGAAUCUUUAGUUAGUUGAGAAUAAUGAGGAUAUAACCAUAACGAACAGAAAAAGAAAAUCAUACUAGUUGGAGGUAGCGUUUCAUUGGGGAGAAUAAAUCAGAGAAUUUUAAAACCAACAGAAGAAGAAAAAUGUCAGCUGAACAUAAUCCUCUGAGGUUGCUGUCCACACUGCAGCACAUGGCAGCAGUCAAGACCAUCGAGACGUUACUGAAGAAGGCAAAAUAUAAAGAGAUGAUGAAAAACGUGUCUUGGGGCAUUCAUCCGUAUAGAGACGUGAACCAGGAAGACCCACUAUUGAUACACAUGAUCGGAGAACUACAGUCAACUGUGGAUAGAUUGCCACUUCCUGAAGUAAUGAAGAUCAAUUUGAAGAUGUGUCUGGUACCAAUGAUCAGAAUGGCAUCGAAUUGGUUAUCUCAGUUUGCUAACAACACACCCUCGCAUCUGCGGGAUCAAAAUUGGGCGCAAACAAUUGAUGACUUACUGGAUAGUCUUCAUUGGGAUAACAUUGGAUACGUUAAUGGUCGGAAAACAUUAGCAUGUUACGUCGAAAGCAGAGAAGCUGUCGACUUCGUGAUCUGGAAUCAGCUGUGCAUUUCCUCCAUGGAAAACGACAUAAUCAGAUUUGCCAAAACUAUUGAUUGGAAUAGUAUCAGAAAAUGUUCCAAAUGGACUUUUCCUAUUUAUUGGUACCAUAAAAUCUAUGGAGAGUACUCGCCGAAAGAAAUGUUUGAACCUGUGGGGACGUACAACUAUUUUUGUAUUGUGAGAUACAAAGUACUCAGUGAGGAGCAACAUUUAAAGCGCUUGCUGAAGCGUAGUCAUCCCGACAGCCCCCACUUAGGACGGACGGCCUCUACCAACGAAUAUUUUCUUAAUAAUCUAGAAAACGAUGUGGAAAUUGAGAAAUUCAUCAGGGAAUCAAGUUUCGACGGCUUAUGUGGAGAAGCAACCCUUUAUUCGUUGAGAUCAAUGAAGAUGACUACUUUAGUUAAUACCAUUUCCAAUCAUUCUGUGCUCAGCGAAUUGGUAAAGCCACCUUGGAUUUUGUUUAUCGAUGACUGGAUACGCUUAUUCCAGAGUGUCAAUGUGGAUUGCUUUUUCACAUUUUUUCAACUUGUCGGAGUUGACAAUAAUUUUAUCAAGGAGUAUGACACCAAAACAUUAUACGAACCUUUUGAAAAAGUUUGGAGAAUUUUUUAUAGGAGGUUCGGCUGUAAUAGUAAUGAAGAGAUGGGUCAGGCUUUCUUCAAUAUCUUCCACAGAACAGAUCUGACUCUAUGUAAAGCUAUGUUCAGGGAACUCGAGGAUCCCCAGAGAAAGCGUCUCGUCACGAACAUGAAGGAUUAUGUUCAACGACGACAAUGCGCUUAUGAGUUUCUUAAUAAGGAGAAUUGGGGGAAAAAGGAGUUUUUCAGCCAAUUUUAUUAUGACGUUUUGAAGGAUGAUGAGGAGAGAAGAUUGUUUUCCGAGAUUUUCAAGAAAUAGAUGUUAUUUAGGUGUAUGAAUGUACAAACUUCUCAGGGGCUUAAAUCAAAAGUCUGAUUAUCGAAAAUGUAUUUUUGAUUCAUCAAUAAUAAAUAAAUUUAGUAAAAGUGUGGAAUUGUGAAUGACGCAUCUGAUGUAAUGAACUCGAAAAUUGUAUGUGGAUAUUUCAUAAUAUCUCCACUUUUUGUGAUCCUAAGAAUCAUUGUAUGAUGUUUUUGAAGAAAUAUUUGUGUGUGUGUUUGCGUAUAUUCGUAUGUGAACAAAAAUUUUUCGCCCCGGCCGGCGCAACGUACUCUGAGAAAAAGGCGGAUCGUCACGUCAAAAAUCGCUUUUUAUUGUGAGGUCCGUUUGUUGCAGUGACAACAGAGUUUGUUACCACUACAUUUAUUUUGUUGUAUCAUAAUUUUUUAAGUAUAUAUAACGAUUUUUAUAGUACAUAUAACGAUAUGAAGCAUUUAAGGAUGGUCCUAAUAGUAAGAAUGACAGUUUCGGUGGAGUAGAAGGAAUUGCAGCUCUGCAUAGUGUAAAUAAAUUCGUUCAUAUGUUUGUUCUAUAAUUUUAUUUUAUUUACAGUAAAUUGUUUGUACUGUAAUUUAUUAUAUAUCAAUAUCGCUGCUUGCAAUUCGCAAUGUGAUUACAUGUCUGUUUAUAUCUUCAUGGAAUCUGAAUAAUUGGCAAGAUAUAAUUGAGUGAUAUAAAAACGUCAGUAAUGGUUAUUUAAA